AUGGCGGUGUCGUCCGAUUUGAAGUUCGUACUAUUGGAAAUACUACCGACGCCUGAACUGAUGGCGCAAGGACGGGAGCUCCGUAUCCAAAAUCACCUGGAGAUGGUUCACGAUUGCAUCUGGGCCCUCAAUGCGGUGAUCUUAGAUGCCCAGAUGCGAGCGUUGAAGGAGCCGGAAAUGGAGGAGUGGGUGAACGACGUCGGGAUAGCCGUCGCGGACGUUGAAGACCUGCUCCGCAGCAUCCUGGGCCGGCAACCGAGGGGAGCGGCGGCAUCCGAGCUCUUGCCGUGCACCUUCCCCAACGUCGAUGGAGUAGCAUCUCGCCAUGCUAUUCUACUAGAGCUGGAGGAGAAGGCACGCAGGUUGAAUUACCUCGUGAGGAGAGGGUCUUCGCUGUGCCUUCGAAAGGAGAUGAUGGAUUCUACAUAUGCACGACGAGAAGAAGAAGAAGAAGAAAAAAAAGAGUACUUCACCAUCUUGAGAGAAGAGGUGGUGGGAAGAGACCGAGAAGUAGAAAAAAUCAUACAUGAAAUCCAUCGGAAGCAGCAACAACGAUCCAACAAUGUGCAUGAUCAUGAUGGGCUUUGGUUCAUCGUCCUAUUCGGCGGGACUAUGGCGGGGAAGACGUCCAUCGCUCGCAUGGUUUACCACCACCCAUGGGUAUGCCAGCACUUUAGUCAUCGAGUCUGGAUUGACGGGUCCAAAUUAUCUGCUUUCAACACCAUAUGGGUCAUCAAAGAAUUUAUGAGAUUGAUAGCCGGGGAGCCAUGCGAGGACGUCUGGUUGUCUUAUGAUCGAUUCGGUGAAAGUCACAGAUACUUCCUCAUCCUAGAUGACUUCCUUAUUGGGUCGGAUGACAAGGACAAGUUGGAUCACUUAGAGCACUUUCUACUUCUCGUGGGUGAACCGGGCAGCAUUGUGAUGCUCACCGGUGAUUACGACGUCAAUAUAUUUUCAGAAAGGUGGCAUAGUUGCUUAAGACACAAUGUUGGUGCUACAAGGAUCCAACAACUUCCUCACACAGUUGGCAAGUUAUUGAACUUGAGAUACCUCAACAUUUCUCAGAGCGAGAUCCAAGUACUUCCUGCAUCCUUGUGCAACCUUCGAAAUUUGCGGGUUCUAAAUCUAGCUUGGUGUGAGAAGCUCCGAAAACUACCAGAACAGAUCCACAAUCUUAGAAGUCUACAGAUCUUGAAGCUAGCUUUUUGUGCAAGGCUUCAGAGCCUACCUAAAUCCAUCAUAGGCCUUGUGAAUCUGCAAGAGUUAGAUCUUGGAGAUUGUCAUGGUCUCGUCGAGUUACCUAAGGAUUUUGGUAACCUAAGAAAGUUGAAUUUAGGUGAUACAAGGAUCCAACAACUUCCUCACACGGUUGGCAAGUUACUAAACUUGAAAUACCUCAACCUUUCUAAGAGUGAAAUCCAGGUACUUCCUGUAUCCCUAUGUAACCUUGGAAAUUUACGAGUUCUAAAUUUAGCAUGGUGUGAGAAGCUUUGGAGACUACCUAGACGAAUCCACAAUCUUAGGAGUCUACAAAUCAUGAAGCUAGCUUUUUGUGCAAGGCUUCAUAGGCUACCCAAAUCCAUCACUAGUCUUGUAAAUCUACAAGAGUUGGACCUUGAAGGUUGUCAUGGCCUCGUGGAGUUACCUGAGGAUUUUGUUCAUCUGAGAAAAUUGACAAACCUGAAUAUGAUCAAGUGUGGCUCUUUGACACAAAUGCCCAGUGGAUUAGAGCAAAUGCAUAACCUCCAAAUGUUAUUUGGAUAUCCGAUUAGUACAAUCGGUAGUAUUAAAGAUGUCAUCUCAGAGUUGCAAUCUCUAAUAGGUCUCGAAAAACUUGAUUUGUGGAAUCUCCAAAUCGUCUCAAAACUAAAGGAUGCUUCCACUCCUCUAAUGCUGUUGCAAGAAGUACUACCAAAGCUCAAACAUUUGGCACUGCAUUGGAAAUGGGAUAAUAUGAAUGAUGUCGAGAAAGCUUCUGAUGUCACAUCGUUGCAGGUACUUGAGGGCCUCCAACCUAAUAUAUAUUUGUCAAAACUAGAAAUCGUUUCAUAUGCUGGUAAGGACUUCCCCGUAUGGAUGAAUGAUGUGAAUUUCUAUCUCUAUAAUUUGACGGAGAUCAGAUUGGUCAAUCUCCGGAGAUGUGCAAGGCUGCCACUACUCGGGGAGCUAGUUAAUCUCAAGAUUGUUGAGAUAAGCGGCAUGGAUUUAAUCACUGUUGUAACAUUUCAUACUCGUUAUACUGGGAGAAUAAGAAGGUUAGAUAAACUAAUUUUCUCUGAAAUGCCUCAGCUAGAAAAAUGUGCAGAACCAACAGAAAAAGGGGCAGAACCAGGAGAAGGAAAUGUUGGAUGGUACAUUGAAGAAUUGACACUGAUGCAAUGCCCAAAAUUGAAGACAUGGGAGUUGUACCCGAGGGUGAGAAAGUUGAACAUUUGGUUGAACAACGAGAUGCUAUGGCGUUGUCAAUCCGCGGGUUGGCAGAGACUCAUCAGCCGUAUUGACGAGUUGACGAUUGUUGGAUGCCAAGAUCUGAUGUGUUUGCCACCAGUUUUACGGUCGAAUCGACGGGUCAGCAAGUUGACCAUUAUUAGAUGCAAUAAAUUGAUCUCUUUACCAGAUUGGCUGGUGGAAAUCGGAUCUCUAAAAUCUUUGUUUAUAUCUGGUUGCACUGAGCUGUCAUACAUACCACCGCAACUCAAAACUCGGUCAGAACUUCUACUACAACAUAGUGGUUGUCCCAAGCUACGGUUCUAA